AAAUGUAAAUCGCAUAUUGUUUGUUUACUUGCCUUUAAAUAGUUUGCAAUUGAGUUGAGAGUAAGAACGAGUGGCUAAAGGCUACGCCUUAAUAACCAAUAUGAGCCCAGCCAAACAGGAACUGCUACAGCCGGUGAAGACAACGAAUCCCAUUGUCUAUUUCGACAUUAGCAUUGGCAAGGAGAGCGCGGGACGCAUGAUAAUUGAACUGCGCAAGGAUGUUGUGCCAAAAACAGCGGAAAAUUUCCGUGCCCUCUGCACGGGCGAACGUGGCAUAGGGCAGCUGGGCGAGCGGCUGCACUACAAGGGCACGCGUUUCCAUACGAUCAAGCGAGUGUUUGCCGUUCAAGGUGGCGAUAUUGUGAACAACGAUGGCACCAGCGGCGAAAGCAUCUAUGGUCCACUGUUUGAGGAUGAGAACUUUGAGCUGACGCACAAUGAAGAGGGCGUGGUCAGCAUGGCCAACUAUGGCACGCCAAACACAAACAACUCGCAAUUCUUCAUCACAGCCGUCGGCUGUGAGAACCUCAAUGGGAUCAACGUGGUUGUGGGCCGUGUAUUGCGGGGCCUGGGCAUCGUUGCCGAAAUGGAACAGAACUGCAACGAUGAAGCCCAACCAACGACAGAUAUAACUAUAACAGACUGUGGUGAGCUGGCUCCAGGUGAGGAUUGGGGCAUUGAGUGCAGUGAUGAGACAGCAGACAAGCUGCCACCCUAUCCCCAAGAUUGGACGGGCAAAUUCAAGAAGCCAACGUGUGACGCGGCUGUUAGCCUCCUCACGGGCAUGCGACAGUCGGGUAAUCACUUUUUUCAGCUGGGUCGCUACUAUGAGGCCCGAGCCAAAUACCGCAAAGCGAAUCGUUAUUAUACGAUGCUGCGCCGCAACUUUGACUGGCAGGAGCUGAAGCGGAGUCAAGGUGACUCAGAACUGAGAAGAUUGGAUGCCUUUUCCGUGGUGAAUAACAUCAACAUGGCAGCUGUCGAGCUGAAAUUGGGCAACUAUCAGCAUGCCAAAUAUGAGUGCUCCGAGGCCAUACGCUUGGAUCCCAAAUGCAGCAAAGCGUUCUAUAGACGAGGACAAGCGCAACGCGCCUUGCGCAACUACGAGGAGGCCAUAAAAGAUCUGAAGCAUGCACACAGCCUGUUGCCAGAAAAUAAACAAAUCCUGAAUGAACUGAACAGUGCCAAGCAGCUUCUGGCCGAAUACAAUAAACAGCAACGAAAUGCGCUCAAGAAUCUGUUCAACUAGUUAAGAACGUUUAUGUAUAUGAAUAUGUGUGUCAAAGCAUCACACCUGACUAAAUGCUAAGCUGACAAAUUUGCUCUAUUUACUUUAGGUUGUCGCAGUUCAAUGUGGACAUAAAAAGAAUACAAAUAAUUUGUAAUUAAAUGUUUAUUAUACAAAA